AAGCAAACAAUUUGUUGAGAAAGAAAGAAACAGAGUGCCGCAAAAUGCUGAAAUAGGGUUGCUUUGCUGACUGUAACGGGAACUUUCUCUUUCAAUUAAAAUUGUUUGUUUGCUAGAAAGGAAUGAAAAGGAAGCCUCGUUUGCAAUCCCUUGUGAAAAUUUUCCAAAAAAUAAUUAAAAAAACUCUAUCUUAUAUGCUUAACUUUUGAAGAAAUCUAUCGUUACAAUGAAAAUAAAUGAAAAGGAAAAAAAGUAAUGCUGGACUGUCUUGAUGUUUUGUGCAUCUUUGAUUUUAUUUUUUUAUAAAACUGAAAUAAAUCUUAGUGUAGAUUCAUUGGCAAUUACUCUGUUGUAGAUUGAUUUUGCAUUUGAUGAUGCUGAUGCUAUAGAAGAAGGAACAUUUGUUGCUAUGUUUUUUGCAGCUCAACUGGAUGACAAUUGCUGAAGAGAUUGAUGAUAUGUUUCUGGGUGAUGCUGAGGUCUGGAGAAGACCAUCUAUAGGGCAAGCAGGUCCACUAGGAGGUGACUUCCCAGUAGUCACCAGCGAAGGACAUAAUAUUCCUGAUGUUAUCUUUACAUCUCCAAUAGAAAACCUUGCUGAAGUAGCAAAAUGCCUUGAUAAAGUUGAUGGAGUUGUGGACCAUGGUGUCGUAUCUAAAGUCCCAUGCACAGUUGUAAUUGCUUCUCAGACUGGACUGAAAAUUUUGGACAAACUAACUGCAGAUAUAGUGGGUUAGGCUUCAGAGCUUAUAGCUCUGCUUUGCACAUGAAUGUAAAUGUAGUUGUUUUUUCCCUCUCCGUUAUGCUUUUUACCUGCCUGUGUUUUUUCAUCCUCCCUUCCCAAAGAAAUGAGUAAUUGUGACUGUAUCAACACUGGCAAAGGAAGCUUAGGGUUAUGUGUGUUUAUAAUGUUUAUAUACAUGAAACUUCAUUUGCCUUUUUUAUUUUAUUUUUUCUAUUUUCAGUUCCCAUGUGCUUCUAUCAUCACCAUGAAUAAAGGAUGGGACUGGGGGCUGGUUUGUUUUUCUUAAUCACAUUGCAUUACAUCAAAUCAUGUAGAUUACAUUUAAAAAACUCCACACGACAACAGACCAGCAGGUUAUGUUAUGACAAACACGAUUCUAUUUUAGAAGCACACAACAAAAUUAUAUUUCUGCUGCAUUUUUUACCACUAAUAUACCUGAUGGAACAAUUCCGUUAUAAAAGUAUAUAAUAAAAUCGUGUUUCUGUUCCAUUUUUUUCACCCUAAAUUUAUGUAAUAAAAACACGAUUUCAUUGUACAAAAUAUAAAACAAGAUUAUAUUUUCAAAUUGGAGAGGGAGAAGAAGGCAACAAAAGUUGGUGACUUGGUGGGAAGAGAAGGAGGAGGGGAAAUGGAGGUGUGAGGAAAUGAUGUAAGGGGUAAAUAGGUUUUCUUGGGAUUUGGAUUCCCUGCAGUCGGAGAAGCAUGCAUUCACAUAGUUAAAAGAUAAGAAUUGUCUGAUUAAGAUUUGACGGUUCAUAAAUAAUUUCGAAUUUUCGAUAAAUUCAACUUAAAAACACUUUUCAAAUACUGAUGGUUCGAUGAAAUCAGAUGGUCCACAUUCCUGACUGUGUGAUUGUGUGAAGCAGGGAAUCCAAAUCCGUUGUCUCAAGGGUUUAUGAGAAAAUAGGGGGUGAAAAUAGCAAUUCAGAGGGAGAAUAGCAACUCCCAGAUUGCAAUAGUAAUCAAGUUGGAGCCCAAGCCUAAUAAUAGCCCAGAA